AUUUGCUAGCCAACAUUCGUUGCGUGCGGUUAAAGAUACAAAGAUACUCGUCGUCGCACAAAAAGAUACUCGCGAGUGGCACUAAGGAAAUACUCGAGGAAAUCACCCAAUACAUAUCCAAAAAUAUAUAUCUUAAAUACAACAAAUUUCCCAAUAUAUCACAUUAGUUAGUUGGCUAAUUGGAAGUGCUAAAAGGAGAAGCUAAAAAGAACAGAUUUUUUGGCCAGCAACAUGUUUGAUUGUUGAUGCGCAUGCGCCUUAAAGUAUUCUAUGCUACGUGGGUGGCCGACGUGUUAAAGGACAAAAAACCACAAGCCAAAGGACAUUUCUCAGACGUUGACGUAUUAUUCAACAUUAUUAUUAUCACAAAAUUAAAGUGCAGUGAAAAGUGCUAAGUAACGGAUUUAUAAAACUGAUAUUAACCGAAGAAUAUUAAAAACAUAUCCCCAUCGUAACCUUUUGACGACCCCACUGAAGUUUACAUAAUCCUUUUGAUAUGUCCACCGCAUCGUCCAGCAACUCCAGUGGCGAGGAGCCCAACAAAAAGGCUAGCUCCAGCAAUGAGGAGAGCUCCCACCUGCUGGAAUCCGCCGAGAAUGGUGCCAAGUACGGCUCCAGGCAAGCGGUCAAAAUCGUCAAAGCCAGCGAAAAUGGACGCACCAACUCCACCCCACAUGAUCAAGAAAAUCUACUCGGCAACAUGGUGCACACAUCGACGUCGAACAAUUCCCGGAAACUGCCGCAAUAUGUGGCCGCAUUGGCAGCAGCUGGUGGCGCUUUUGCCUGUGGUACCGUCUUGGGUUGGACAUCCCCGGCCGAAACGGCGAUCGUAGAUGACCACCAAAGAUACGAAUUUAACGUUGAUAAGGAUCAGUUCUCGUGGGUGGGAUCAGCAAUGACUCUGGGUGCCGCCUGUGUAUGCAUUCCCAUUGGUUUCCUGAUCAAUUUGAUUGGCCGAAAGUGGACUAUGUUGUUCCUCGUCCUUCCCUUCAUUGUCGGUUGGGCCAUGCUUAUCUGGGCGGCCAAUGUGGGUAUGCUGUAUGCCUCACGUUUCAUCCUGGGUAUCGCCGGUGGUGCUUUCUGUGUGACUGCGCCCAUGUACACGGGUGAGAUUGCCCAGAAGGAAAUUCGUGGAACGCUGGGCAGCUACUUCCAGCUGAUGAUAACCAUUGGUAUCCUGUUCGUUUACGCUGUCGGAGCUGGUGUCGAUAUCUUUUGGUUGAGCGUCAUCUGUGGACUUCUGCCUCUCGUCUUUGGAGCCAUCUUUUUCUUCAUGCCGGAAUCGCCUACCUAUUUGGUUGCCAAAGAUCGGUCGGAGAACGCCAUCAAGUCCAUUCAAUGGCUGCGUGGCAAGGAGUAUGACUAUGAGCCAGAACUUGCGGAACUGCGUGAAACCGAUAGGGAAACCAAGGCGAACAAGGUCAAUGUGUGGGCUGCUCUGAACCGUCCUGUCACCCGGAAGGCUUUGGCCAUCAGCAUGGGUCUUAUGUUCUUCCAGCAGGUGUGCGGAAUCAACGCUGUCAUUUUCUACGCCUCAAGGAUCUUUUUGGAAGCCAAAACUGGCAUCGAAGCUGAAUGGGCAUCGAUCUUGAUCGGCAUCAUGCAGGUGGUGGCUACCUUCGUCUCCACGCUGGUUGUGGACAAACUGGGCCGCCGUAUCCUUCUCCUGGCUUCUGGAAUUUGCAUGGCUGUAUCCACUACCGCCAUUGGAGUCUACUUCUAUCUGCAAAAACAGGAUGAGACCCAAGUGGAGAAUCUGGGCUGGCUCCCAGUGGCCAGUUUGUGCCUCUUCAUCAUCAUGUUCUCGAUGGGCUACGGACCAGUGCCAUGGCUGAUGAUGGGAGAGCUCUUCGCUACUGACAUUAAGGGAUUCGCUGGCUCCCUGGCAGGAACAUCCAACUGGCUGCUGGCCUUUGUGGUGACCAAGACUUUUGUAAACCUAAACGAUGGCCUGGGCAUUGGAGGAACCUUCUGGUUGUUCGCCGGUCUGACGGUUCUUGGAGUGGUAUUCGUUUUCCUUGCCGUGCCAGAAACGAAGGGCAAGAGUCUUAAUGAAAUCCAACUGGAGCUGGCUGGCAAUCGGUCAACUCCUGAAGCAAUUCCAGCGGAAAAGUAAUAAGGCAAUUUCCCAACUACGCGGAGCUCAAAACGCAAAUCGCAAAACCGGAAGCCGAAAGACGGACCGGAAAUCACUGUUAACUUGCUGUUAAAUUACAUUCGAUUUAGGUUCGCGUUAAGUCCUUUUGCGUUUUCGAUGGAUGAAUUUGUUUAUAGAAUUUAAUGUUCGCAUAGAUUUUCGGUUAGGCAUAGCGAGAGAUUCAGAUUGUGAAGUUAAAGAUGAGGAAUAUUGCAGCAAACUAUAACUAAGAGCGAAGACUGAAGGUCAACUGCAGAAAAGCCGCGAGAAUUUUUGUUUUUGCAGCCAUAGAAAAGACAACAGCAAUUUAAGAAAAAAAAACAUAUAUACCUACAUAUAUAUAUAUAUAUAUAUCUGUAUAAUGUAUGUAUGCUUAUUUAGUGUUAUUCAGUCAACCAACGAAAUCUGUUUUACAAAAUUUUAAGGCAUAUUUGCAUUUGUUCGGGUUUUUAAAGCGUUUGAAAAGCAUUUGUUUGAUAAUUCUUAAUCUAUUUGUACUAUAUGUAUGUCUAUGUAUAUGAACUAUAUAUAUAUAUAUCUAGCUGUUUAUGUCAAAAAUCCAAGAAGCAUUCAGUCGAUUCACUUAGCAUAGCCCGUUUACGUUGUAAGCCACGCCUUUUGCCAAUAUAUAUUUAUUUACGCCCAAGUUAGCGAGAGGAGAUGUUUAUAUUUUAUUUAAUAAAAACACCGAAAUAUACACAUUAAUUUUAAUAAUUUUACAUCCGAUAUUUGAAAUUGAUUUUAUAAUCGCUGAAAGCUAUAGAGAAAUCCCCGUCUAUCAUUGUUAAACUUGCAUAUAGUAUUUACGGAGAAAUAAAACUACCGAUAAAAAUAAAAAAUAUAUCAAUAUAUUUAAUAUGUUGUAA